AUGUGUAAUCUUGAGCUUUUUAACAUGAGAAGGGAAAUUAUGAAUUGGUUGAACAUGCUCAAUAUUUCUUUUUCUGUUAUUAAUGAAGAGGGGAAUGCUUGUGCUAAGGCCAUUGCAAGGUGCGGCUAUGGGAUGGCUUCCAUGACUGAUUUCAAUUGUUCUAAUCUCCCUCACCAUGUUAGGGGUCUCUUAAAAUUGGAUAACAUUGGUGUUCCUUAUGUUAUUCCCAAAGGUGGAUGGGGUUUUCGCUUUGCUCUUGGUGAGUUCUGUACUGUGGUUUAUCCUGAGCUUAAUGCUAUGAUGCUGUACAAUACAAGGAUUAUUGUGUUCAGUAUGCGCAUCUUCUCUAUUGCAGCAGUUGUUUGCAUUUUUGGUGUACUACCUUUGAACUAUUUUGGACAGGACAUGGAACAUGGUAAUAUUUCAUCUGAAUCAUUAGAAGUAUUUACCAUCGGAAAUGUUCAGAGUCACUCAAAAUGGCUUUGGGUUCACUGCCUUGCAUUGUAUAUUAUCUCCUUCUCUGCUUGCAUCCUUCUAUAUUUUCAAUACAAGAGUAUUGCGAGGUUGAGGCUGCUUCAUAUCACUCGAUCACCUCCAAAUCCAAGUCAUUUUACCGUACUUAUUCGAGCCAUUCCAAAGUCAACAGGAGAAACAUUUAGUGAUUCUGUCAAGAAUUUCUUCAUAAAAUAUCAUGCGUCAAGUUACCUAUCUCAUCAGAUAAUAUAUCGUGCUGGCAAAUUCCAUAAAAUUAUGAACAAUGCAAGGAAGGCUUACAAGAAGGUCACUCGGUUAAAGGGUGCCAUAAUUGAUCAAAAGUGUAUUCCAUUUAGAUACAGAUGUGGAAUUUGUGGAGGAACAUCCAAUUCGUUCCAGUUGUGUCAUGAUAAAUUUGAGCUCGGUGAUAAGAGAAGUGAUCUCAACGGUUCAAAUUCAAGUUCAAAAGAAAAGGAAUGUGGUGCUGCUUUUGUAUUUUUCAGAACACGGUAUGCUGCUGUUGUUACUUCAGAGAUUCUUCAGUCAUCAAAUCCUAUGUAUUGGGUUACUGAUCUAGCUCCUGAACCACAUGAUGUUUAUUGGUCAAAUCUUUGGAUACCAUACAGACAGCUUUGGUUCCGCAAGAUAGCAAUACUUAUUGCCAGCAUUGUUUUUAUGAUUUUGUUUCUCAUUCCAGUCACUUUUGUGCAAGGUCUAACCCAUUUGGAUCAGUUGCAGAAAAUAUUCCCAUUUCUGGAUGGUUUAUUAAAGAAGAAGUUUGCAAGCGAGAUAAUCUCAGGCUACCUCCCUAGUGUCAUUUUGCAAUUGUUCCUAUAUAUUGUUCCACCCGUGAUGCUGUUAUUUUCUUCUGUUGAAGGGUCUAUCUCACAUAGUGCUAGGAAAAAGAGUGCCUGUUGGAAAGUGCUCUACUUUAAUGUUUGGAAUGUGUUCUUUGUAAAUGUCUUCUCUGGAUCAGUCAUAAGCCAGAUAAAUGCCAUAUCUAGUCCAAAGGACAUCCCAACUCAGCUUGCAAAAGCUGUGCCAAGUCAGGCUACCUUCUUUAUCACUUAUGUCCUAACCUCAGGUUGGGCAAGUUUAUCAUCUGAAGUUAUGCAGCUCUUUGGCCUUAUAUGGAACUUUAUAAAGAGGCAUAUAUUAAGGUGGAAGGAUGAUCCAGCCUCUGUUCCAACAUUUCCUUAUCAUACGGAAAUUCCAAGGGUUCUUUUAUUUGGGCUUCUUGGCUUCACCUGCUCCAUACUAGCACCAUUAAUAUUACCUUUCUUGCUAGUGUACUUCUUCCUUGGGUAUGUUGUUUAUCGCAAUCAGAUACUCAAUGUUUAUUGCUCAAAGUAUGAGUCUGGAGGACAAAUGUGGCCCAUUGCACACAAUGCAACGAUUUUUUCCUUGGUACUAGCACAGAUAAUAGCUAUUGGUGUGUUUGGGAUAAAAGAAUCCCCAACUUCAUCAAGCUUCACCAUUCCUCUUGUGAUAUUGACGCUUCUUUUCAACGAGUAUUGCAGACAGCGCUUCUAUCCCAUCUUCCACAAGUUUUCUGCACAGGACCUUAUGGAGAUGGAUAGCGAAGAUGAGCGAUCCGGGAGGCUGGACGAAAUCCUCGAGCAACUAAGUUCAGCCUACUGUCAGUUCCCAGCUGACACCACUGAACUAUGCAAUCGAGGAGAAAACUCAGUGGUAACUUCUCAAGUUGAUGGUGAAAGUAGCUCUAAAGAUGUUGUGAAGAAUGGGGCACUUCACUCUACUUUAGGUGUCCUCCCAGUCUCCAGGUUAAAAGAAGCUCUUGCAUCAUUGAGUUUGUUGGUCACAAUUGUGAAUUCUCAAACGUAAAAUUUCAUAUUGUUCAUUAUUUAUCGUGUAAAUGCCUUUUUUUUUUUGGUAAAAUUCUAUUUUUUGGGGGGGAUUUUGGAAAGGGUUCCAUCAUGUAUAAUAAUCUAUAGAAGGUUGUCUUCAUAAAGUCUUAGCCUUCUAAAAGAAUGCAGGCGUUUUUCCCAGGCCUGUCUUUACAAGGAUAGAAAUCGGUUUGCCUCAAUACAGAAGAAAUUAUACACUUCACGUUAUUUUAUGUAGUUUAAAUCACGUGUCUGGUAAGAACUAGUUUAUUGUAGAAUGAUAUCUUGUAAAUAUAAAAAGUAAAUGUGUAAUGAUCAUAGUUUGCUAUA